AUGACAAUUGAAAACCAAUCAUCUUAUGAAGACUCACCUUCAUACGUAGUGAAAGGAGCACCGCAAGUGCCCUACUACACUCCGCAGCAACCAAUACCAGCAGGCACAUUCCUAGAAAACACCGCGUCUCCCCAGGCACCACCGCCCGCGAUAUUCACCCCCAUCAAAGUCGGUCCGCUUGAGCUCCACAACAGGAUCGGCGUGUCGCCCAUGUGUCAAUACUCCGCCAACGACAACUUCGAAGCGACACCAUACCACUUGAUCCACUAUGGCUCCCUCGUGACGCGCGGCCCCGGGAUCACUAUAGUGGAAAGCACCGCCGUGUCGCGCUUGGGCCCGCUCCUGCCUCACGAUUUAGGCAUAUGGACCCCCGAACAAGCGCGCGCUUUGAAACCCGUUGUGGAGUACGCGCAUUCGCAGGGGCAGAAGAUUGCGAUUCAGUUGGGGCACGGCGGCAGGAAAGCGAGUGGACAGCCGCCGUUUGUGCAUUUGGAGCAGGUCGUUGAUGCAUCAAGUGGCGGGUGGCCCGAUGACGUUGUCGCUCCAAGCUCGAUCGCGUUCCGCCCCCAUGGGAACUACCGUACUCCGCACGAGUUGACCACGGAGGAGAUCAAGCAGAUCAUCAAGGAUUUCGGGGACGCGGCACAGCGCGCGGUUGAGAUUGCCGGGUUUGACGCCUUGGAAAUCCACGGGGCGCACGGCUAUCUAAUCAACGAAUUCUACUCCCCCAUUUCAAACCAUCGAAGCGACGAGUACGGCGGCUCGUUCGAGAACAGGAUUCGUUUUCUCAGUGAGAUAAUCGACGAGAUCAAAUCGAAAGUCGAUACUGGUAAGGUAUCGUUGUUUGUGCGUAUCUCGGCCGCGGAAAACAGCCCCGACCCCAACGCAUGGACGAUUCAAGAUUCGAUAAGAUUAGCCGAUGUCUUGAUUUCAAAGGGGAUAAGCUUAGUUGACGUUUCGUCGGGUGGCAACGACUCUAAGCAAGCAGCGAGGGGAAACAUCGCGAAGGAAGAAAGAGAACCGAUGCAUGUUCCCUUGGCAAGGGCAAUCAAGAAACACGUUGGUGAUAAGCUUGUUGUCGCGUGCGUUGGUCAGUUAGAUGACGCGGUGCAAGUUAACAAGUACAUUGAAGACGGCACUUUUGAUGUUGCGUUGAUUGGACGCGGGUUUUUGAGGGACCCGGGUUUAGUUUGGAGUUUCGCUGAUACGUUGGGGGUCAAGUUGGCCCAGGCUUUGCAGUUGGGUUGGGGGUUCUGGCCUCCUAAGCAGCUGAUCAUCGACUUGAUUCAACGCACUGAGAAAUUGAACGCCGGGGAAUAA